CCUUACUUUAGCAGCAUUUUCUUUUAAAUCCGAGCUAGUGACCUGCAACCUUUCCGUCGAGUUCUACCGUAUUUUUUUUCUAAAUUUAUUUUACCGUCGCCAACCCCAUCUGAACCACUUUUCUUUUUCUUAUCUUCUUCAACGCUCAUUUUCCAACAAGUCCGCACAUACAUAUACAUACCUACAUACAAUCACACUCACUCGCAUUUUCUACAUCAAAACCGCAAUAAAAAAACAAAAACAAAAACAAAGUCAAGAUGCCUCGCAACCGUUCCUCCGCUCGACCCGCUCCCUCGCGUCCCACGGUCCCUAGCAGAGCGCCUGCUCCCCAACAAUCGCGACCCGCGGCAACUUACGCCCCGGCACAAACUGCGCACCCUCAACCCCCCGCGCAGGCCGCUCCCCAGGCCUCCCAGGGCCCCGGCCUAUUCGGCCAGAUGGCCAGCACCGCGGCCGGUGUCGCAGUAGGCUCCUCCAUCGGCCACGCCAUCGGCGGGCUCUUCAGCGGCGGCAGCAGCUCCGCGCCCGCCGAGGCCUCCCCUCAGGCUGCGAGCGCGCCGCAGCAGCAACAGAACCAGUGGGGCAACAACUGCCAGGGCGCCACCCAGGCCUUCACCAGGUGCAUGGACGAGCAGGGCGGUAACAUGCAGAUCUGCGGCUGGUACCUCGAGCAGCUGAAGGCCUGCCAGGCCGCUGCCAGCCAGUACUAAACUGUCUGUCUACCUAACCUAGUGUAGUCUGUCUGUCCGUCCUUUGGGUAAAUCGUACCUAAGGAUGGAAGUGUGUUAGGACAUGAUAGGUGUCUAUAGCGAAGGAUGAGAGGAGGGGUGUAAGAGAGAGAGAGAGGAAUGAAGAUGGCUAGGAAAAGGGGUUACUCAGAAUUCUCCCAUCUCUGCAACUUUGGGCUGCACGAACCGUGCCCAUUGGUUGCUUUUAUCAUCUUUAACUAGAGCGCAUAGUUAUCUAUGUUCCCCGAUUAUAUGGACGUUCGCUUGCAGAGUCUCUAAGUGAGUGCUACUGUAUAUACUAAUGCAAGACGUUCUAUAUAAGUGGCAACUUCACUC